AUGAAGGUAAAUUCAACAAAAAAGACCAAACACAUUGUUUUCAUUUCAUCACCAACUUUUUUAUGUAUUGAAAUUAAUGUACAUCAUCUUACUUAUCGAACAUUAUUAGUUGCUGAUAAUCAAUUCCUAGUUGAAACAUUGAAAGCUUUUAGUUUCAAUUCUCAAACAUGCGAAAACUUUUUUAGUUUUUCUGUUCAACAAUAUCUUCAUCAGCAAGAAAGAAUUUCAAUAUUACAUUCAAUCAAAACUGAAACAAACUCAUUAUUUACAAAUACUAAAUUUAAAUUUCCGAAUCAUCAUAAAACACAACGGAAUCACCAACAAUCAACAACUCCACCAGAAAAAGUGACUAAACAGCAAAUAGAAGAACAAGUUAAUUGUGCAUUCCAAGAUGCUUUUCAUCUUUUAGCUCCUUUAGGUGCUGGGCAAAUUUUGAAAAAAUCAAAAAUUAUUAACAUGAAACAACAAAGUACUAUUGAAGAAGAUGAACAAAACGAAAUGGAUUUAUACGAUUAUGAUAGUGAAGAUGAAGACGAUAAUGGUAUAAAUUUAUUAGGACAUACGACCAAUAGUCGUUUAAUGACUACGAAAGGACUUUGUGAUACUAUAAAUCCCGAUUUGAAAGAUUCAUAUUUUUUGGUAAUUAUUGAUGGAAAAAAACAAAUAUCUUCAUAA